CAGUAAUUCUCAGCCAGAUGUGUGAUAUAUCAGGUUCUUCACUGGGUGUUUGCAUUUAGGUUCAGACUCAGCUGCAUCUGCUACCCAGUCUUGUGAUAGAAUCCAGUAUCCCAGACAAUGGCGUCUUCACUCCUGCACAUUGUGGUCCUACUGUACAUCCUCACCUCAUACAGAGUUACAUCAUUUUCUAAUGGAAAAGUCCAGGCAGCCUGCUUCACAAUGGAACCCAAUCAUGGAACCAGAGCCCAAACCAGCCCUGCACCUUACAAUGUAACAGUGUCAAAAACUAGCUACACCAAUGGCGAGAGACUCACAGUCACACUCAGCACCAAUCCUGGAGAGACCAGCUUCAAAGGCUUUCUGAUCCAGGCUCGGGACAACAACAAUUCAGCCCUAGGAAUGUUUGAGGUCAGCGGCUCUGAUGUACAGACCCUGCAAUGCACCAAUGCGGCGAACACCAUCAGUCACACGUCCAGUGACUUAAAAUCCAGCAUUCAUGUGACCUGGGUGGCUCCAGAUUCCAACGUCUCUGACAUACAAUUCAGGACCACUGUUGUGCAACAGGGGAACACAUAUUGGCUGAAUGUGCCUAGUCCAAAGCUCACAUACACCAGCUCCAGAGGUUGCCGGACUUUGGUAUCUGAUGCACUCCCCGUGGCUCUGUGGUGCAUUAUGUUACUGAUGUGCGCUCUACCAGCGAUACUUUGAGGAACAGAUGUAACAUUUCUGCAAGUCACAGCCAGUUACAGGGUCACUGGGGUCUUAUUGUGUUUUUAUACAAUUGUCAGUUUAUUUCUUCUGGUGCAGUUUGUCUUUCUUUAAAAAUUGUGUUUUUUAUUGUUUUUAUUUGUAACAAAACUUGUAGAAAUAAAUCAGCUCUGUUAGUGAAA